AGAAUGUCGACCAAUCGUGUUCACGUUGUCAUGCUGCGUCGCUCAAUCCCUUCUCAAAGUCAGGAUAUGAGUUGAUUAGCCUGCUAUUCUCCUCGAAAGUACGUAAUGGCAUGAUUCCAAACGAUAAGAUAUUACAGAGAACGUUAAUUAUCUCACAUUUCUGAAAAUAUUUGUAAAGUUGUACUUCUUGUUCACGAAAUUGUUGUAGCUAGCGCUCCCAUUCACGCCUUGCAAGAGAGCUCCCCUUGUCCCAGAUUCGCCCGGAAUGCACUGCGCGGCCCAUUGACGACGCCUGUGCGUUAACACGAUUUAUAUGGAGUUUCCCAUCUCCUCAAAAGUAUAUCUGGGUAAUGUAGCAAACCCAAGAAACCUCUGAAGAAGGACAUUUCAGAAUGGCCGAGUCACCUUUGUCCGGUGUGAAUGUAGUGCUAGUUAUGGCAUAUGGCAGCCUGGUGUUUGUAUUGCUAUUUAUAUUCGUCAAGAGGCAGAUCAUGCGUUUUGCUAUGAGGUCCCGCAGAGGACCCCAUGCCCCUAUUGGACACAAUGCACCCAAGGGUUUGCGGGAAGAGAUUGACGCACGUCUGUCCAAGGUUCAGGAAAUCCGCUUCGAGCCGCGUCUGCUCUCUGAGGAGGAUGAUAGGCUGAAGCACGGGACACAGUUCAGUUGCUACAACUACCUGUACAGGAUGAAGGCUCUAGAUGCCAUUCGGGACUCGGGGAUCCCGCUGCAGGAGAUGGGCCGCAACCCAAACGCCAUCACAGGACGCAGUUUCCGCAACUGGCUGCUGGAUCUGCGUAACUCCCACUCUCUGAUCAAGAGCAGCCGUAGCACCCUCAUUGACAACCUGUUGGAGGGAUAUGACAGUGCACGUCAUGGCACAGGGGUAUUUGGGGAAGAGGAAUAUAUGAAAUACCAGGAUGCUCUGAAUGAACUGGCUGAUGUUGUGAAAGCCUACUCCAGCACCACCAGUCUGGCCCAGCAUCACCAGUCAGCAGCCAAGGACCUGACCGGUUCCCCAGCCCGCAGCACCCCCCCCACCAUCCAAGUUACCUACCUGCCCUCCACCAGCCAGCGCAGCAAGAGGCCAAAGCACUUCCUGGAGCUCAAGAGCUUCAAGGACAACUACAACACACUGGAGAGCACCCUGUGAGAGGUGACUGUUGGGUCAGUUCGAUUUCAAUUCCUGCUUGUUGAAUCCAUAGGAAUUGUAUUCAAUAGCAAUAAUUGGAAUUGUGAUGGAAUUGACCACAGCUUUGCUAUGGAGACUACCAAAAACAUAGUAACAGAUCAAGCAUGUAGUGUAUAUACUAAUGCUUGCGGAAGAUCACAUUGCAUGUACGUUUUACUUUAUUUCCAUUGGCAAUAAGGAGAAUUGUCCCAUAAUACAAAGCAUUUGAAUAGUCCUAUCAUCAUAUCAGGGUCUUUAUCCCAGGAAUCUACUAUGAGUCUAUGGUACUUCAAUGUAUUGGUGCUGACACAUACACUAAGGACAAAGACCAUUGUACAACAGUUAUGCAUUACAACUGUUAGUUUCCCCUACACUUGAAUUGUAAACUUCACAUGUAUUUAUGUGUUGAUUGGUUGUUUGUAUAGAUGAAGAAAAUAUAUUUAUUUCAACAGCUUUUUUUUACAUGUAGAAUCUGAACUGUGUAGUUAUGUGAUCGUGUGUUGAGAUUAAAACAUGGAAUGGAGCUAAAUUACUUUCCAUGAGUUUUUUUUAUUUUUCCACUAGAUGCCAUUAGCAAGUUGGGGAGCAACAUGGUCCACUGCAGUUAUUCAAGGAACAGUGCUUACAAACUAUGGAUGGUGAUCAUUGUCAGUUAGAAAAUGCAAAGCUUAAAUGCUAAAUAGGAAUGUGAAAAUAGUAGAUAUGAAAAUAAAAUGUAUAUCAGUGUAUGAUUCAUGCCACAAUUCAAUUCCAAAUUUAAAAUUAAAUGUGAAAAUGGUUAAUAGAAAAAGCCAAAUGGUAAACAGAAAAUCAAAGGCAAAUUGAAAGUGGCUGUUUUCAUUUUACAACUACCCAAUUAAUUAUUUUCUCUUUUUCAAUUUUCAUUUUUCAAAGUGUAUGCAUAUGAUUUAUUGGAGGCGUGAACCAGGAGAGCAACACCACACCCCAUGUGGGCUCUCUGUACAUUGAUUUUAGACUAGAGUAACCAACACACAGGGUGAGAACCCAGGUCUCCUGCGCACCAGAAAAGCAUAGGCCUGCUAAGCUGAAGCCUAGGCAUUGACUCAGGGAGCCAAUGCAACUCUUCAGAUCUCAGGCAAGGUAAGGCCUACUCAUCAUGUCUGGUAACUAAACCACCUGAGUUACAAUUCACCAUCCUUUGACCUCUUCCUCCUCACAGAGACACAUCUGAGCCACAGCACAAAUAUGACAAGGGUGUAAAUAAAUGUAGAAAUUAAUUUCAGAAUGGAAAAAUGCAUUCAGUGUAAACCAGAUAUAAAGUAUGUAGAAAGGAGAAUGUACCUACAGUUCCGACCAUUUAUAUGGUCAGACUUACACUUUUCUUUAACAAUUCAGAGCGAAGAGUCCAGAUUUGAAUCACAUCCAUAACCUGUGGCGAGAGAUGAAAACAUAAAUUGGUGGAGGGCACCCUUCAAACAAUUUGGCCCAUUCUUCAGCAGCAAACUUCUCUAAUUCUUCAUUGUUUGAGGGGUGCCCUCCACCAAUUGCUGUUUUCAUUUCUCGCCAUAGGUUAUGGAUGUGAUUCAGAUCUGGACUCUUUGCUGGCCACUCCAGAACAGUCCAGUGUUUCUUCUUGAACCAUUCCAAGGUGCUUUUUGAUGUGUGUUUGGGGUCAUUGUACUGCUGGAAGACCUACAGCUUUCAAUGGACACCCAUUUUUUUGGAACCUGGGUUGAACAUUGGACUCAAACACCUGAUAAUCUGCUGAUUUCAUGAUGCCUUACGCACGUUCAAGGCCCCCAGCACCAGAGGCAGCAAAGCAACCACACAGAAUCUUUAAACCUCCCCGAUUUUUGAUUGUAAGGAUGGUGUUCUUUUCCUUGACUGCUUUGUUUGGUUGUCGGUAAACACAGCACUGAUCUAUACUGCCAAAUAGCUCAAACAUUGGUCCACAACAUUUCACUUGGGAUUUAGGGUUGUUUGGGUGGGUUUUUGACAAGUUUAUUCAGGUUUUCUAGUCUCCUUCAGCAGUGGUGUCUUCCUAUGUUUACCAAUGACCAAAUUAAGCAAUAGACGUAUAGUGGACAUCACGCCUCAAACAUUGAAGACUUAGAACAGUUUGCUGCUGAAGAGUGGGCCAAAUUGCAAUUUAAAAGGUGCAGCAAGCUCAUUGAUGGCUACAAGAAGCCUGGAGUGUUCUUGGCCGAAGGCUAUGCUGUACUAGCUCCAGGGUACAUAUAAUUUUGUCCAUGUCAUUUGUCUUUAUAAAAAUACAAAAUAAAUGGAAACUUAAGUUGACAAAAAUAAAAUUGGUUCCUCAAUGUU